AUGACAGUUCCAAAAACUCACUUCGUCGCAAUUGCCGAGGAAAUCUCCGAAUCCCCUGAUAUCGUCCAGUACAAGGAAGUGGAAGCACCUCAAAUCUCGGGGCCCAACGAUAUCAUCAUCAAGAACAAGUAUGCUGGCGUGAACUUCAUUGAGAGCUACUUCAGAAAGGGCAUAUACCCCGCUGAACUCCCAAUUGUGUUUGGUCGUGAGGCCUCGGGUGUUGUGGCUGCAGUUGGCUCAGAUGUGAAAGAUUUCAAGGAAGGCGAUAAGGUGCUCUACUUGUCAUCAAAGACCUUUGCACAAUACACCAAGGUCACUCUCGGUGACAAGUAUCAUUUCAUUCGCAAGUUGGAUGAAGAUACCUCGGAGGAUAAGUUGAAGUUGUUCGGAUCAAUUCUAGUGCAAGGGUUGACUGCCAUCACCUUCUCACACGAAGCUCAUGCUAUAAAGAAGGGAGAUUUUGUGGUUGUUUGGGCAGCUGCUGGUGGAACUGGCCAAGUCUUCGUUCAGUACGCCAGCUCUCUUGGUGGCCGAGUCAUUGCGCUCGCUUCGACAGAGGAGAAAUUGCAGAUAGCCAAGGACCUUGGAGCUGAGUUCCUUGUCAAUUCGAAGAACGAUGAUGUUGCGCAGAAAAUCGGAGAGAUCACUGGCGGGCACGGUGCUGAUGUUAUUUAUGAUGGUGUGGGAAAGGACGUCGUGGACACUAACUUUGAAAUUGUUGCCAGAAAAGGUUCAUUUGUGACCUUUGGAAAAGCAUCCGGCUUCAUCCCCCCAUUUUCCAUCUACAGACUGAGCCCCAAGAACGUACGCAUCUCCUCACCACAACUCUUUCAGUACAUCACUGAGAAGCACGAGUGGGAGUAUUACAGUAAGGUCUUGAUCGACCAGGUCAAUGAUGGAAAGAUCAAGUUCAAGCUUGAAACCUAUCCCUUGAAGGACUACGUGAAGGCUGCAAAAGCCUUGGAGAGCAGACAGACUACCGGUAAACUUGUGUUAGAAAUUCCACAGUAA